UGGACGUGUAGACGCUUGUUUGUUGACUAAGCAGCAGAAUUCGUUUGCAAUUCCAAGUGACUCUGGCUUAAACAUUUCAUAGAGCGUGUGAGACAAAGAGCAGAAGAGCAACAAACCGUUGAACUCAACUGCAGAGCAAGCGGCAUUUGUGGUGGAUAUGAAAAUGAUAGGCAGCGAUUACGUAUUGGAAGCACACAACAUAUUCCACACCACCGAGGUCGACGGUGGUGGCUGUUUCAAUGGAGCCGGUAAUUCAGCUCUGGUGCUGAAGGGCGUCAAUCUGACCGUACAUAGUGGUGAGGUGAUGGCAAUACUCGGCUCUAAAGGCAGUGGGAAGCGGGCCUUGUUGGAUGUUAUAUCACGACGGGCUGAUGGUGCCACUCGCGGUCAAGUGCUCCUAAAUGGCUCACCACUUACCAGAGCCUUAUUUCAGCAGCGCUGCGGCUACGUAACACAGUCCUGCACCUUUGUGCCUGGCCUAACGAUAGCCCAGACCUUGCACUACACCCCAACUAUUCUCUCGGGCUAUUUAAAGAGCUCAAAGGUGCGGCAGGUAUUGGCUGACUUGGCUCUUUCCCAAGUUGCGCACAAGCGUGUGGAGUAUUUGAACAUCAGCGAGGCCAGACGCUUGGCUAUAGGCAUUCAACUGGUCAGGGAUCCAGUCAUGCUGCUAUUGGAUGAGCCUACUCAAGGUCUGGAUCCACUCAGUGCAUACUUGCUCAUUUCCAUACUAUCCAAUACAGCCAAAAAGACGGGAUGUGGAAUUUUGUUAUCAUUGGAGAAGCCGCGCUCCGAUGUCUUUCCCUUCUUGGAUCGAGCACUGUUCUUGUGCCUGGGUGGCGUUGUCUACUCGGGCGGGACGCGUGCCAUGUUGGAAUAUUUUCAUGGUAUUGGUUUUCCCUGUCCACAACUGGAGAAUCCGCUCAUGUACUAUCUCUGCUUGUCCACGGUGGAUCGUCGCAGUCGCGAUCGUUUCUUGGAGUCGAGCCAGCAAAUUGAAGCGCUUGUAGAGCGUUUUUCCAGGGAGACUCCGAUAUCGGACGCACCAUUGAAUAACAUGGGCUCAGGAAAGGUGCCACUGGCGUACGGCAAGCCGGGAGAGUUGAAAGUUUGGGUCAUGCUCUAUCUCAAGCUAUUGGCCUCCACUUUCUCGUGUGGAGUUGUUGGCAUGAAAACCCUUUUUAUGCGCCUCUGUCUUCUGCCUAUUGCCAUGGGCAUUUUAUGGGCUUUUUAUGCGAACGUGGGAGAUGACGCCCACGGCUUCUUCACCAAGAAUGGCAUGAUACUGAACAUAUUGGGUCUGGCCUAUGGCUGUGGCAUAUUGGUCACCAUUUCUUUAUUUCCGAUUUGGCGCAAAAAGUUCUCGCAGGACACGCCUGAGGGUCUUUACUCGGGCACCACACUGUUAAUAGCAUACAAUUCAGUGUCUAUACCCUUUUCCCUGGUAUCCGCAGUCAUAGCCAGCUCCGUCAUUUAUCCCCUGCUAUUGGAUGCCAGAUAUAGCAAUAGCACUGUCUUUGCGUAUUUAUGGGUUGCACUGUGGUCCAGUUUUGUGCUUGCCGAGCAGCUUUCCAUAGCCUUUCUGCUGGUGGUUAAAGUACCCUUCAAUGCUGCCAUCGCCGUAACUUACGUGUUGGUCAUCAGCAUUGCCUUGGCCAGCGGCACAGUGCGCUCCUUUAAGGGUUUGCAGCCAUGGCUGCAGGACAACACCAAGGGCACACACACGCGAUAUGCCUCGUCAUUACUGCAUAGAAUCGCCUUCCAGUCCCGCAAACUAAACUGCAUACCAACUGCCUCGGUUAUAUGUCCAAAGCCGGCGGAUUUCAUGCAUGAGCGCUUGGGCUUGCCAGAUCCAGAUGAGACCAUUGAUGUUGCUGCCUCAUGUGCCUUUGCCGUGGGCUUAGCCGCCUUCAACAUGCUGCUAUAUUUGUUUCCCAUGCCACGAUGUGUGCGACAGAAAUUCAAAGACUGAACGCAACAUUUCCGGGCUUAAUAAGGCAUAGGCGUAAUGUGCACAAAUUCCAAUAGUUCUUAUUUUUUAAUAUUUAAUCUUAAUUU